AUGAGGGUUCUUGAAUUCGUUCUGCUUCUGGUGUGCGCUGACUAUUUCAACUUCGAGAGAUCUGACACAAAUGGACGCCCGAAAGCUCUCAGUGAAAAAAGAAGGAGGAACAGCAUCGAAAUUGACUCUCUUGAUGAAGCGAUAGAGGAGGAGCUCGCUUUAACUGCACAGCAAACAAAAGAGCUUGAAGAAAGAUUGAUGUUGCGUGAGAAUAGAACUACUAACGAACGAGUGAAGCCAUGGAAGAACUCGAUUGAAGAAAUCAAUGCGGAAGCUGGAGUUGUGAACAAUUUGUACCAGGGAGAUGUGGUACCUUCAAGGGAACGACAAGAAGGAAUUCUUGCGAAUAUUAAAGUUGGUCGUUUUCAAACGACAAGCUUACAGAGACAAAAGCUACCCUGGCAGGAGGUGGCCCAAUGGCGUAUCUACAUAUUUGAUUGUGAUUUACCUGAAGACCUUAUUCUUGUGAUCAGCGGAAACGGAUGUUGGUCAGAUGUGGGCAGACAGGGUGAUUGGCAGCUCCUCUCACUUGGGGAUACCUGCGAUAGGGUAUUCCUUCACUGA